GACUAUGUCGCGCCUGAAGGGAGUAGCCGGGAGGGAUCCCCGGGCGGGUUUCAGAGCUGAGAGGAGAGACCAAGGUACCUCCGUACCCCAGGGGCUGAUAAAGGCGGCGAGAAAGAGCGGCCAGUUAAAUCUGUCGGGUAGGAACCUCACUGAAGUGCCUCAGUGUGUCUGGAGAAUAAAUGUGGAUAUCCCAGAAGAAGCUAAUCAGACUCUUUCAUUCAGUGCUGCUGAAAGAUGGUGGGAACAGACGGAUUUAACCAAACUAAUCAUAUCAAACAAUAAACUUCAGUCACUUACAGAGGACCUCCGACUCCUGCCUGCACUAACUGUUCUUGAUAUACAUGAUAAUCAGCUGACAUCUCUUCCUUCAGCUAUAAGAGAACUAGAAAAUCUUCAGAAACUUAAUGUCAGCCAUAACAAACUGAAAAUACUCCCUGAAGAAAUUACAAAUCUAAGAAACCUGAAGGGCCUUUAUCUCCAGCAUAAUGAACUAACUUGCAUACCAGAGGGAUUUGAACGACUUUCCAAUUUAGAAGAUUUAGAUCUUUCGAACAAUCGUCUUACAACUGUUCCUGCUAGUUUUUCUUCUCUAUCCAGUCUGGUGCGACUCAAUCUUUCCAGUAAUCAGCUGAAGAGUUUGCCAGGAGAAAUAAAUAGAAUGAAAAGAUUAAAACACUUGGAUUGUAAUUCAAAUCUCUUGGAAACUAUACCUCCUGAAUUGGCUGACAUGGAAUCACUAGAAUUGCUUUAUUUGCGGAGAAAUAAAUUACAUUUUCUACCAGAAUUUCCUUCCUGUAGACUAUUGAAGGAAUUGCACGUAAGUGAAAACCAGAUUGAAAUGUUAGGGGCAGAACAUCUUAAGCAUCUGAAUUCUAUCCUUGUGCUAGACCUGAGGGAUAACAAGUUAAAAUCUGUUCCAGAUGAGAUUACACUACUACAGUCUUUGGAAAGGCUUGACCUAAGAAACAAUGAUAUUAGUAGUCUACCCUAUUCAUUGGGAAACCUUCAUUUGAAAUUCCUGGCACUGGAAGGAAAUCCUUUGAGAACCAUUCGAAGAGAAGUUAUAAAUAAAGGAACCCAAGAAGUCCUAAAAUAUCUACGAAGCAAGAUCAAAG